AUGUCCAACAACACACCCUUCAUGGUGGAACAGUUUGACACGGUCAUGGUUGCUUUGUACUGUGCCAAACCAACUUGCUUCUUGUAUGUAGCAUCAGGCUUUACGUGCGCAAUUUCUCCAGACAAAGACUAUAUCAUGCGAUUCAAGCCCAGGAUUGGAGGCGGCGCCGCGGGUGAUCAACCAUGCCAGUCUUUAACAUAUUUGGCUCCAACGAUAGUUCCAGAGAAACCUCUGAGAGCGACUCUGACGCAACCAGUGAUAGUGGGUCCACCAGAAGUGGAUCUGGUAGUGGCAGGAGCGAAAGCGGUUCCGGCAGUGGUAGCAAAAGCGGAUCUGGCAGCGGUAGCGACAGCAACAGUGAUGAUACCUCUGACAGUGGUUCUGGCUCUGGAGCGGAAGCGGAAGCAUUCUGACAGCAAUGACAACGAUUCCGGCAGUGGAAGCGGCUCUGAUAGUGGAUCCGGCAGUGGAAGUGGUUCCGGAAGUGGAUCCACCAGCGGUUCCGAUGAUGAUACUGCCGAUGACGGCAGUGGCUCUGGCAGCGGUUCUGAGAGCGGCUCUGGAUCGGAUGCCGGCAGCGGCUCGGGCAGUGGAUCCGAUAGUGGAAGUGGCUCUGGAUCAGGUUCAGGCAGUGGCUCUGAUUCCAAGUAUGGGUCUGGAUCUGGAUCCAAAACGUUGUAG